UACGUCGGCCAGGAGGACUCCCCCGAGAUGCAACAGGCGGCACAGAACAAGCGCAGGCUCUCCGUCAUCUCGGACGGCAAGUUUGAGAGGAGCUUCUCUGACGAGCAGGCAGAGAAGAUGUCAAGCGAGGGGCCGAAGCCACGAGUCUACACGAUCUCCGGCGAGAGGCCGAUGCUGUCGGACCAUGAGAACGAAAGCAUGGAACUGGUGGUGAUGAAGGGGGCUGCCCAGGAGGAAUGCCACCACGGCCACCACGUGCACGCUUCCCAGCACUCCUUUGACCUGGAGCAGCAUCAGCCCGGCGACACUGGGUGGCACAGAAAAAGGCUGGAGAGGAUGUACAGUGUCGAUCGAGUGUCGGAUGAUGUCCCCAUACGAACCUGGUUCCCGAAAGAGAACCUCUUCAGUUUUCAAACUGCUACUACAACUAUGCAAGCCAUCUCGGCGUUCAGGGGCUACGCAGAGAGGAAGAGACGGAAACGAGAGAAUGAUUCGGCAGCUGUUAUCCAGAGGAAUUUUCGGAAGCACCUCCGCAUGGUGGGGAGCCGAAGGGUUAAAGCACAAACAUUUGCCGAACGGCGUGAGAGGAGCUUCAGCAGGUCCUGGAGUGACCCGACUCCCAUCAAAGCUGAUUCCUUCCAUGACUCUCGAGAAAGCCAUGACCUUCAGGACUCCUGCGGCACUUUGGAUGGCGACUUUGACUUGAACUGGGAAGCAGAAAAGGAACUUGAAGCCAUGGCGUGUGACGGCGAAGACUUUAUUCCACCAAAAAUAAUGCUCAUUUCUUCCAAGGUGCCCAAAGCAGAGUAUGUCCCAACGAUUAUCCGCAGGGACGAUCCCUCUAUCAUCCCCAUUCUCUACGACCAUGAGCAUGCCACCUUUGACGACAUCUUAGAGGAAAUAGAGAAGAAGCUUAACAUUUAUCGGAAAGGCUGCAAAAUCUGGAAGAUGCUGAUAUUUUGCCAGGGAGGUCCUGGUCACUUGUACUUGUUGAAGAACAAAGUUGCCACUUUUGCCAAAGUGGAGAAGGAGGAAGAUAUGAUCCUCUUCUGGAAGAGGUUGAGCCGGCUGAUGAGUAAAGUCAAUCCUGAACCAAAUAUCAUUCACAUCAUGGGCUGCUAUGUUCUUGGAAACCCCAAUGGGGAGAAGCUAUUUCAGAAUCUGAAAAACUUAAUGAAUCCUUAUAGGGUUGCCUUUGAGUCUCCACUUGAACUAUCAGCUCAAGGUAAGCAAAUGAUUGAGACUUACUUUGACUUCCGCCUUUACCGCCUCUGGAAGACCCGCCAGCACUCGAAACUCUUGGAUUACGAUGACAUUUUGUGAGCUGGAGAAGCCUUUGCGAGAGGAAGUUGGUCGCCGGUGUGCCGAGAAGUCGUGCUUAUUGCUGAGAGACUCUUUUAUUGGCACGGGGAGCCCUUCAAAGCCCUACAGGAGGUGCUCGAGGGAGGGAAGGAGGAGCCCUCGGAAGGAGGAAAGUCUCCUGGGUCAAGAGAGACUGGAAGGAAAGGG